AUGGCCAUGGACCUUUUCAAACGCAACAACGGCGGGCCUCCCAGAUCCCGCCAGGGCUCCUUCGACGCCGCCAUUGCCGACACUGAGCCGUGCCUGUCGUCCCAAGCCCAGGCUUCGUCCAGCUCCCUCCCGGAUCUGCCCUCUCCGCCUGAGCGUCACUUGCGGGAUCACAGCGGUGCCCGCAGGAGUUCCGUCUUCACCCUGCGCUCCCGGAGCAACACCGCCAGCUCCAUGACAAAACCCACCAAUCUCGACGCCCAGGACCGCGCCUCCCGGAGAUCGUCGCGGGACAUGUCUCCCGCCCACGCCAGCUCCGCCAGCGUCUCGGAGCCCCAGCCCCAGCCCGGCAAGCAGAAGGCUUCUUCAAUGUUCGCCUCGAGAGGGAGGAAGCUGCGCCGCCAGAGCAGCAAGCUCACUUCGGCCACGGGCAUCGACGACGUCGACGAGGUUGCCAGCGGCCGCAGAGGCUCAGUCUUUGGCAAGGACCGCAAGCGGAACACGUACGAGACCGUCGAGCAGUACAACCUCAGGAUGCGCCACAUCUCCCAGCCCUUCGACUUCCAACACCUGACCCACACCAACUCGCAGCAUCUCCAGCAGGCGCUCGUGAGCAGCCAGAACGAGCUUGUUGCCGAGUUCUGGGCUCACCGCGCCUCUCAGAUGCCCAACAAGGAGCUGCGGGGGAUCAAGGUCGAGGACCUGACCUCCACCCCCGAGCCCGACGCUGUUGGCAACUCGAAUCAACCUGCCCGUGACAGCUCGCCCCUCUCUGGUGGCUCCUCGGUUGUGAGCCCAAGGACUCGCCAUGUUCCGAACACACGAUCCCCUUCGCCUAAGUCGGAUGUGCGUCAUACGCGAUCUGUGGGCAGCUUCUCCCAACCCAUCCCUCCUAUUUCGCCUAAGUCGCCCAGGACCAUGGACUCUCACGUGCCCAUGCCGGCUCCCCCCAGCAUGUCCUCCCGGUUGGCGUCAGCACGGGGCGAAGAAACCCCUAUUGCGCAAGCGCUUUCUGGAAACCGCAGGCAAUCUGGUAUUUGGUCCCAAGCUCUCCACCGCCCAUCCGUCUCGAACGAGUUCGUCAACGACCUCCCCUUCGUCGCGCACGCAGUCACCACUCCCGACGACUCUGCCAUGCCUGCCAUGUCUCCGCCCUGGAACGUCGAGCUGGAGCACAUCGCCGAGGAAGAAGAGGGAGGCUACUUUGGGCGCAAGUCGCAUGAUCAGAGCGUUCUCUACUCGCCUUCGCCCGAAAUGUCGCCAACCCAGAAGCCAGAGACGCAAUCGGAUCUUCCCCUGCGUGCGGACAAUAUGGGUCCUCAUGAGCACCUGAAGUCGUUUGCCAAUCAUCGCCCCACAAGGCCCCGGCCCCUUUCUCAAAUGUCGGAUACCCUUGGAGCCCCCUUCUGCCCGCCAAACUCAGGGAGGAAGACGCCCGGCGCCCUGGGACCGAUCCAGCGCUCCGCUUCGAUGAGGAGACGUUCGACCUUCUUCAGGAGCUUGGAGGAGACCAACUCUUGGGAGGACGACAUCGACUAUUGUUACGAUAUUGGCGCGGAUGCCGAUUGCGACUUUGAGUGGGACCGCGUCUCCAACAAGUCCAAGGACGGCUACACUCCCAAUGAAAUUCCCUUUGCAUUCCGCACGCCGACUGUCUUGGAAGAGGAGGAUGAGGAUGAGCGAAGCGGUGUUUGCGGCACGGAGGAGAAGCUCCAGCAGGGCUUCAUGCCCAGUUCGAUUCUUCCGUCACUCACAGUUCCCAGCAAGCUCUCUCUUCCCGACCUGGACUACCGCUCCGGUGUCUCGACCUCGACGAACAGCCUCCUGACGCCGGUUGACUAUGCUGCCAACAACUCCAAGGAGUGCAGCAAUGCCGCAUACGAUCAGGACUCUUACACGCCGUCAUUGCUGGUGCCGCAGGACUUCAAGGAGCAGGUGACCAAGGAGGACAUGUACGAGGAGAUGCUCAACGACUACUGCUCGGACCGACACUAUCCCUUGGUGCACGCCCGCUCCGACAACACGCUGAGCAUUGCCGAGUCUAGCCAGAGCGGACCUUCGCGUUACAGCAUGGCCAGCUCGUACGAGAGCAGCCUUCGUUCGGCGUCCAUCUCGCUUGCCAGCCCGGCCCGUCGCUCGCGCGGCUCGACCGGUUCCGUGCCUGACCUUGUGCACAGCCGGCGCGCUGCUAGGCGGACGAUGGAAAUCAUGGCCAAUCGCCUCUCAAAGGAGAUGACGUUCGCGGAUGACGACGAGGAGUGCGAUGAUGGUGAAGCGACGCAGCAGCAGACGUUCUUCGCCGACGACCAAGACGGAUCGGAUGACGAGAUGGAGGAGAGCAAGCCCGAGUCCCGCCCAAGCACGCACGGUCGUGACCCUUCCCCUUACCAUGAGCGGUCCGCUUCGGAUGGUGCGGCGAAGCUUCUGGCCAAGGCUGGAGUCAAGGCGCAGCAUGCGCGCACGACCAGCAGCGCCGAAUACCCGACGCAGCGUCGGGGCAGCAAAGCGCAAACUCUGAGCUUGUUCCCUCAGCCGCCCAAGAAGUCCAAGAACCUCUAA